AUCUAAAGGUGUUACACAGAAUACUGCCCCCAUCAUGGGAGGUGCGGCGCAUACGAGUGGAUUACAGUAGUCGGCGAAAGAUUAUUUGAACACAGCCCGAUUUAUUACACCGUGCCGUUUUGAUCUGAUUUCAGUCUAGAGACUGUAAAUAUACUCGUUUGUCGAAAAUCAUCCAGAACAGGCAACAGUUCAAGCCACUGCGGAGCAAGUUGAGUGUCUAUUCUUGUCUCCGGUCUUAAAAGCAGUGUGUGUCAGUUCGUAUGAAGCUUGUAUUUCCUUUUAGACUUGAAUAAUGUCAACGACAUCGCUGGAUAUAGAGCUGCAGGAGCGUCUGAGAGAGGCCAGUGCCAUCGGAGACAUUGAAGAGGUGAAGACUUUAGUGGAGAGCGGAGUCAACAUCAACUCUCAGAAUGAGAUCAACGGGUGGACGUGUUUGCAUUGGGCCUGUAAAAGAAACCACAGACACAUCGUGACCUAUCUGUUGAACGCCGGAGCCGACAAAGACAUUCUGACAGCGAAAGAAGAGUUAGCCGUUCAACUCACUUCCAAACCUGAAAUCAGAAGACUGCUUGGGGUGGAAGAGGAAGACGUGCCUGAGGUGAAGGAACCAGAGCUGCCAAUCAUCCCGAACUAUCUUUCCAACGCGCCCUUCCUGUACAGCAAGAUGGAUAACGACAGCCUGAGCAUAGCACAGCGAAACGGCACCAACAAUCAUGCAGAGCCCCUGGAGUCAGAACCAGCGACUUUAUCACCGACACAAGAGCAGCAGCUUCCGCCUCCGCAUCAGCAGCCCAAGAGCCUUUACUCAGACAGCCAGAGCCAGCAGGAGUUACCCUUCAUCCCCGUGAUGGAGCAGAACGGCCUGCCCAUGGAGCUCUCCUCAGAGACUCCUCACAACAACCACUGCGAGUUUACACACCCUCAUCCCAUAGCACAGAACGGCCCGGUGUGUCCCUCGCUUCCUUCUCCCAGCGGAGGCACCGGCCAGCCGCAGGGCCCCAGUCCCACGGUCACCCGGCAGCCCUCCAUCCCACAGCAGAUCAACUGCUCCCAGCUCGGGGGCUCCAUGCCGGCCUUCCAGCCCUUCUUCUUCACCAGCACUUUUCCUGUUAAUGUACAAGAGCUCGUCCUGAAGGUGCGCAUCCAGAACACCAACGUCAGGGAGAACGACUUCAUCGAGGUGGAGCUGGACCGGCAGGAGCUGACGUACCGCGGCCUCCUCCGUGUGUGCUGCCGCGAGCUGGACAUCAGCGCAGAACACGUGGAGAAGAUCCGCAAGCUGCCCAACACUAUGCUCAGAAAGGAUAAAGACGUGGCACGGCUGCAGGAUUUCCAGGAGUUGGAGGUGGUGCUGGAGAAAACCGAAAGCUUGUCUCUGUUCUCCGGAGGUCAGGGAGGUCUGACUGACAGACCCUGCUACAACAUGAAGGCCUCCAGGCUCACUUACUAGCUUCACUUCACAGACUCAGUUUACCUGCUUCCUGAAAUCCCAAACGUUGGUAAAUGGUUCAUAUGACACGUUAGCCUUAUUCCUCCUCUCCUUCUCUAACAGAUGCAUCCUUAGUGCCUCCUCCUCCAUUGUAACCGGCUUGUUCUUGUUGAUUUGAAUACUCAAAUCCAUUCAGCUUACAACUUGACUUUGGAAAAUAUUGAAAUGCAUCACUUUUGCAUCACUACCUUGCCUCUAUAUUAUCUUCAGGCAUUUCAUCGUACAUCCAAACAAAUGCAUACUGUCUUAUCGCAAGAGGUCUGUCCACCAUGCUGGCCAAUCGGUCGUUUAGUGGUUUAUAUGCCUUCAUUGAUUGGAGGAAGCCACGCUAAUUUCAUACCAAUGCAUUGAAAUCAAAACCCCUUUUGUUUGCCCAGACAACUCUCUGUGCAAUUUACCAAAACCUUGCCAUUAUCGGGGAAGCGUCCUUUAUAUCCAGCCCUUGAGAGUUCAGUGCUGUAUUUUGAAUGCUGUUCCUUCAAUCACUGUAAGCCAAAUAACUCCUCCUAUAAACUAGCAUGGACUGUUUAAAGUAGAUCAGCCUCAUGUGUGAACACAAAAUGUCCUUUCUUUCUCUUGAACUUGAUAAUGUAGCAAAAGAUUUCUUCGUUUUCCCCUACUUAGGAGCCGAAUUGGAGAUGAAAAAUGGGAUAUUAACCACUGAGAGCUUCCAGUCAGCAUCAUAUUGACUUCUCUGGAGUGCUUAGUUUUCACAUAUCUGAGAAGCAGGGACUGUGUUCAAGAUAAUAGAGGUAAUAGUAGUGGCAUUCUACUAAACACUUUGCUGCUUUAUUGAUCGUAGGCGUUAAAUAAAUUCCUGGUCGCAAUUUUGGUGGGGAUGCUUGAGGUUAGGUUUAGAAGCGGCGCAUAAACACUACAUUGUUGUAAACUAGCUUUUGGACUUGAUAGAGAUUGUGUUACUGUGAGAAGAAUUUCUAAAGAUUUGUCUUACCAAUAGUUUUUAGUUUUUCUCUGAGGGUUUGACUGUCUAACCAAGCAUACGGUCAUUAGACAUUUGUUAACAAUACGCUUCUGUUGUUGAGAUGUACCAUUAGCCUCUUGGAAAGACAUUGAUAAAUUAUUGACAUUAAAUGUUUUUUUAUGUGCAGAUUUGUUUUGUAUUAUAUAAUACUAGAAUCUGAGGAUUAAAUGUAUUAUACGCUUCAGUUGAAAGGAAACCAUCUUGAUUUUUGUUCUUUCAUAUGUUCUCAAUUAACUAAAGGACAGCUGGAAAACCAUACAAUGGAUUUUCUUGUGUUUUUUCUGUGUAUGGUUAACAUGAAUGACAGUUUACUGCAUAUUAACCUAGAUUAAUGCAACUUAAAAUAAAAAUAUUACUUUUGUAAAAUUGUUAAGAUUCA